UAUUAUCUGUCAUACUGGAAAUUUGUGAUGGCCUCCCGCUGCCCGUCUUUUUGACACAAAAUAAUAAUUUGCAAAUAUCAUUUAAUAUAAAGUGCUGUUUUAUUUUGGACUUGUUUUGUAAUAACCAACAAAAUUGCUUCCACAAUGACUGUUACGCGGGUGGCGGAGUCCCGCACGGAAUUUAAAUUAAAGAGUCUUCCCGAAGAUGCUAUAUCCAGUGUAAAAUUUGCACCAAAAUCAAAUCAAUUUCUAUUAGUAUCAUCUUGGGACUGUUCUGUGAGGCUAUACGAUGUGUCGGCUAACAUUGAGCGACAUAAAUACAAUCACGAACUUCCAGUACUUGAUGUUUGUUUUAGAGAUGCUGUCCAUUCCUAUAGUGGAGGUCUGGAUCAAACAUUAAAAAUGUAUGACUUAAACGCGACCAGUGAAACUGUACUUGGUGAUCAUAAGGGUGCAAUAAGAUGUGUAGAGUACGCUAAUGAAGUUAAUGCAGUGCUGACAGGGAGCUGGGACGGUACCAUCAAGAUGUGGGAUAGCAGAGUUCCAAACUGUGUCGGAACCUACAACCAAGGAAAUGAGAGAGUGUACACAAUGAGUAUUGUUGGUGAGAAAUUUGUAGUAGGAACAUCGGGUCGUAAAAUUUUUGUAUGGGAUGUACGGAACAUGGGCCAUGUGAAUCAAAGAAGAGAAUCCUCACUCAAGUACCAAACUAGAUGCAUCAGGGUGUUUCCCAACAAGCAGGGUUACGUCUUGAGCUCAAUAGAGGGAAGAGUUGCUGUAGAGUACUUGGAUAGUAAUCCAGAAGUACAAAAAAAGAAAUAUGCCUUCAAGUGUCAUAGAAUUAAAGAUGGUGGCCUAGAAAAGAUAUAUCCUGUGAAUGCAAUAAGUUUUCACUCUGUAUACAAUACUUUUGCUACGGGUGGCUCGGAUGGGUAUGUUAACAUAUGGGAUGGGUUUAACAAGAAGAGGCUUUGUCAAUUCCAUAGAUACAAUACAGCGGUCUCAUCUCUAAGUUUUUCUCACGAUGGUUCAGCGUUAGCAAUUGCGUGCUCGCAACUAGACGAAACCCAAGCUGACGAGCCCAAGCCGGAGGACACCAUCUACAUCCGAUAUGUCACUGACCAGGAGACAAAACCAAAAUGAGUGAUAGUUUCAUCCCGAUAAUCUGUGGCUUUAUAGUUAUAGUGUUGUUAGUGAACGAUCUGAUAUUAUCUUGUUUUAAUUAUAUUAUUAAUUCAAAUAAUUUAUUGAUAUUUGAAUUAUUGAAAUAGACCGAUAUUUAAAUAUUCUGUAAUAUAAAGCAAUGUUAGUGUCAUUUAUAAUUUAAAUGCUCUAGUUCCUAGCUAAUAUAGCUGAAACAAAUAAGUGUGUUCUUAAUUAAAAUUAUUUUGACAAGGUUGCUUAAAAUGAGUGUUAUUCUAUAAAGCCACUAUCGGGAUAGUGAAAUGAUUGAGACAUAGUGUGGUCCGUGAUGUAGCUUUAAGUGAUGAAUAUUUGAAAUAAAUAAUAAGUUUUCAA